GCGGGCGCGAGUCCGGCCAGGGCCCGGGGGCCACCGCACCUGCCGCCGCGACGGCGCGGGCUCCGGGAGCUGCGAGGACCGGCGGGACGGGGCGGGGCGCGGGGGGGACACCCGGCCUGCGGUCGGAGGGCUCCCGGGCUCCCGGGCCCUGUGCUCAUGGACCGGUGGGGACGGGUGGACCCCGGGCAGCCUGCUGUCACCUGCCGAGCGGCCGGAGCGAGAGAUCUAGGGGAAGGUUGAAGUGUCCGCUGACCGCGCGUUUUCUUCGCUGCGGCUGCUGUGUGUGAGAAAUCUGCUGUGGGUGUUCUUGGGCCCUUGCAUCACCGACGCAAAAGGCCAGUGCUGGUUCUUCAGAAUGAAGCCCUUUACCCUCAGCGGCGCUCCUAUACCAGUGAGGACGAAGCCUGGAAGUCGUUCCUGGAAAACCCUCUCACGGCAGCAACCAAAGCGAUGAUGAGCAUCAACGGAGACGAAGACAGCGCAGCUGCGCUGGGCCUGCUCUAUGACUACUACAAGGUUCCCAGAGAGCGCAGGUCAUCAGCUGUCAAGCCUGAGGGAGAGCACCCAGAACCAGAGCACAGCAAAAGAAACAGCAUACCGAAUGUGACGGAGCAGCCCCUCAUCUCUGCUGGAGAAAACAGGGUGCAAGUGCUGAAAAACGUCCCCUUCAACAUCGUCCUCCCCCACAGCAACCAGCUGGGCAUUGAUAAGAGAGGCCACCUGACAGCUCCCGAUACAACAGUCACUGUCUCCAUAGCGACCAUGCCUACCCACUCCAUCAAGACAGAAAUCCAGCCGCAUGGCUUUGCUGUGGGAAUCCCCCCGGCUGUGUAUCACUCUGAGCCCACUGAGCGCGUGGUGGUUUUUGACCGGAGCCUCAGCACUGACCAGUUCAGCUCUGGCACUCAGCCUCCCAAUGCUCAACGGAGGACUCCAGACUCCACCUUCUCCGAGACCUUCAAGGAGGGCGUUCAGGAGGUGUUCUUCCCCUCGGAACUCAGCCUUCGGAUGCCCGGCAUGAAUUCAGAGGACUAUGUGUUUGACAGUGUUUCUGGGAACAACUUCGAGUACACUCUAGAAGCCUCAAAGUCACUUCGGCAGAAGCAAGGGGACAGCACUAUGACGUACCUGAAUAAAGGCCAGUUCUAUCCUGUCACCUUAAAGGAAGUGAGCAGCAGUGAAGGGAUUCACCACCCCAUCAGCAAAGUUCGAAGUGUGAUCAUGGUGGUUUUUGCUGAAGAUAAAAGCAGAGAAGACCAGCUAAGACACUGGAAGUACUGGCACUCCCGACAGCAUACGGCCAAACAGAGGUGCAUUGACAUUGCUGACUACAAAGAAAGCUUCAACACCAUCAGCAACAUUGAAGAGAUCGCUUAUAACGCCAUUUCCUUCACCUGGGACAUCAAUGAUGAGGCAAAGGUCUUCAUCUCUGUGAACUGCUUGAGCACAGAUUUCUCUUCUCAGAAGGGUGUGAAGGGUUUGCCGCUCAACAUCCAAAUCGACACGUACAGCUAUAACAACCGCAGCAACAAGCCGGUUCACCGGGCCUACUGCCAGAUAAAGGUCUUCUGCGACAAGGGAGCUGAACGGAAAAUUCGGGAUGAAGAACGAAAACAGAGCAAGAGAAAAGUGUCUGAUGUUAAAGUGCAGCUGCUUCCCUCACACAAACGGACAGACAUCACCGUGUUCAAGCCCUUCCUGGAUCUCGACACCCAGCCUGUCCUCUUCAUUCCUGAUGUGCAUUUUACCAACCUGCAGCGGGGUAGUCAUGUUCUUUCCCUCCCCUCUGAAGAGCUGGAAGGUGAAGGGUCUGUCUUGAAAAGGGGGCCAUUUGGAACUGAAGAUGACUUUGGAGUUCCUCCACCUGCUAAGCUGGCUCGGGCAGAAGAACCAAAGAGAGUGCUGCUCUAUGUCCGAAAGGAAGCAGAAGAAGUCUUCGAUGCCCUGAUGCUCAAGACCCCGUCUUUGAAGGGCUUGAUGGAGGCGAUCUCAGACAAGUAUGAUGUACCCCAUGACAAGAUUGGGAAAAUAUUUAAGAAGUGCAAAAAAGGGAUCCUCGUGAACAUGGACGACAAUAUUAUAAAGCACUACUCCAAUGAAGACACCUUCCAGCUGCAGAUCGAAGAAGCUGGCGGGUCAUACAAGCUCACCCUGACAGAGAUUUAAGGUGGGGGGCAGGUACUUAGCCCCCAGACGUGGGAAUUCAGUGAAAGUGUUCCAUAGAUCUUUUUUUGUUUGUUUGUUUGUUUUGUUUUUGUUUUUUUCGAGACAGGAUUUCUCUGUGUAGCCUUGGCUGUCCUGGAACUCACUCUGUAGACCAGGCUGACCUCGAACUCAGAAAUCCGCCUGCCUCUGCCUCCCAAGUGCUGGGAUUAAAGACAUGCGCCGGCCGGCCCAUAGAUCUUAUCGUUGGCCAGCUGAGGAGCCCAGACACAUACCCUGCAGAACCUUAAAUAUCAGGGAAGGAACCUUUCACAUAGAAAAGGCUCUGUGUAUACCGUGCUGUGUUGAUGUUUUCCUUGUGAUAGAAACCCAUGUGUUGUUGUUGUUUGAAUUUCUGAUGUGCUUAGAAAGCAAAGUGUGAGAACUUUGCACCGGAUCUAACAGACCGUGGGACCCUUUGGGUUAACUGCUACACUACCUGUCAAAUCUGCCCAUGUUCAUGAGAGCAGUGGGCUGCUGGCUGGCAAGAGAAGGGAAGGCAGUAGCGUGUCUUUGAGGAUUUUGUGUUCUCGCCUGACCUCAGUCUAACUCUGACUGCCUUGAGGAGUGGACCCAGCCCUCAGUGAUAAAGGGCUAAGCCUUCUCCGCCUCUCCUCCAGUGUUUACUAAAUAGGGUGCAUUACUGGAACCUUCCCUUGCAACUUCCUUGGACAUGUCGACUGCCUUUCUGAUGAAGAACUUACGUGAGUGACAGUGUGAAGUUAGUUCAGUUAAAGCUGUGUUUGUAUAUAAGUGCAAUAUCUUUUUGAAGGUCUGCCUGUAAAUGUGUACAUAUAUGUCUGAUAUAAAUAUAUAAUAUAUAAAUAUGGUGUCUGUGUACAGAUAGUGAAGGCGAGCAGGAAGAUCUACCUUGGAAAUCCUCUUAGAGGAGAGGUUAUUAUUGAUAACGUGGACCAAGCAGGUAGAACGCUGUUUUCCCACACACAAGCAAGUGUUCCCUAGCAUAGCAAAAAGCCAUCUCGUGUGGCAGAGCCAUCUGCUCUUGCGAAUGUUGUCACUGUGUGGGUUUCUGCACCCUGAGUGGAGCUAAUGGAAGGCUGGGCUGCAGCUACCAUAUGAGGUGUGUGCGCAGGUGUCAGCCAGCUGUGCCCAUGCAGAAACACAACUGUCGUCAGGAGCCAGCGAUGCAAACCAAAAUGGGCCGAUUCUACAGGUGGCGUGUUUCAGAGCUUCCAAGUAUCAGCUACCCUGUGUUUGAGAGCAUUCAUGAAUUUACAUUACUGUGGCAGGGGAAUGUUUUGUACACACAUAAAUAUUUAAAAACAAAACAAAAUUUUACAAUGUAAUUUUAUAAUGAAUCCUGUAACAGAAAUACAAUUGCGGGUUUCUUUAGGUUCAGGGAACUAGAAUAGGUCAUUUGUAUGAGUAGGAUUGUUAGUUGUAUACUUAGGUUAAAAAGUACUCUAAUGAAGUAUGUGAACAAAAUAGCUGGUUUUCUAAGAUACGGGAUACGGGUCAUAUAACAAUAUUUUCUAUUUUGUUUUAUGAAAUCAGUUUUACUUGUUUUAAUUGUAUCUUUGAAUAUGUGUUUUAAACCAAAGGGAUUGAAUUUUAUAUGUCUAUUUCACGAGAUGUCGGCUCCUGUUAUUCAGUGUAACUCCUUUACCCAUCCUUUGCCCUUGCCCUGACUAUCCCAGAACUUGCUAUGUACACCAGAUGGCUUCACACUCAAGAGUUCUGCUCCCCAAGUGCAGGGAUUGAAGGCAUGCCUGCCACUCCCAGCAUUGUUUGUAAAGCUCAGACUGACUUUGAAUUCAUAAACCUCCUGCCUCAAUCCCCCCAGCACUGGAAUUACAUACAUGUACCACUAUGUAUAAAAUAUGCUUUUAAUGAACAUGAUACAAUUAAUGAAG